AUGAUUAUGUUGAGACGGCAAAUUAUGUACAUAAAUAAUGAGAUGCUGUCAGCUUCAAGCAAAAAUGAUCCUUUAACACUGGUUCUUGUUCAGUUCUGGUGCAGCUACAGCACAGUGCCACUGAAUGUGAUUGUGACUCAGAUGGGAUCUCAAUGGAAGAAAGCUCUGGUGGCAGAAAGUGUGAGAGAGUCGCUCCAUAGUUGGUGUAAGAGAGUAAAGGAGAGGUCUAAACACGACUCAUUGCAUUCACGCACUACAAGGUCUAUAUGCUCACUCGAAUCAACAAUUGAUGAAAGAGAUGAAAUAAUGGUGGCAUCCAGUACUUUAUCUAGGAGUUCUUCCAUGGAGUCACUGAAUCAAGUAACUAUAACAUCAACUGAACAAGCAGAGUCUGUUCUUCAGACCUCCGAACAUCCUGAAACUGAAUUGUCAUUUAGAGUGCAAGAGUACUUAUCGGAUACUAUAAACAUUAAUGCCUUGGAACCUCCCAGUACUGAUGAAGAAGGUAGUACAGGCAAUGGAGAGGAAGGGAAAGUUGAGACUCUUUAUGACUUAUUUCAGAAGACCUGAAACACAUCCUUUCUGGGUUCAGAUAAUUUUUGGAUAGCAUUAAAAUGUGCAACCAACUUGCUUGGAAUACUGAUAAUGCACAAUGAAUGGUGUAAAAUAAUCUUGUAUUGGAAGGUUGUAAUUUUUAAGCCUGGCAUAACUUCUUAACCCACAUUGGUAUGAGCCAUGAAAAUAGGUUUUUAUUUAUUCAUAAUUCUAAGAUACGAAAGAAAGUUACAGAGAAAUGGCAAUGAAGUU